AUGUUUGGCUGCAUCGCUGACUACUUGCCCAUUGUACCAACAUCAUCUAGGCGCUGUGUUCAAUCAGGCGAUCAGUACACGUACAGCGAAAGGUGGCAUCAGUAUGACUAUCGACGACACAUGCAGCGCCAUCGGUCUCAGGGCCCUGAUCGGUAUGGCGUGAACGCGAAGGAGGUUCUGCUUCACUCCACCACUGGCGCACUCAAAACGUCCGGCAUGUUGCCGUUCAAGAGAUGUGGAUUGAGUGCCUCUCCGGCAACUGGCCUUGUGGGGAUGCAGGAGAACGUGUUCCUCAGCGGCCUCUUCGGAUGCGUUGGUUUCUUCCACUCACCAUCCCGAGUCGCUCCGGGGGGGGAUCUGGUCAAGACCUCGGCAGGAAACCAGUUUCCUAUGGACCCGUCAGCGUGCACGCUCUGGUGUGCGGUUGCUCUCGGGGCGCUCAUAAAGGGCCGCCCGAUCGAAUCGGUGACUAGCUAUGCCCAGCUGGCAAAAGGAGCGCUUGCCAAGAGCAGCUCCGGUCCCGGAGGCGCCGAGGUCGCAAAGGUGUGGGUAAUUCUGGCUAACUUGCACGGCUUUAUGGGAGACAAGGGUUUCGCCGAGAUCGUCAAGUUCAAAGACAUCGCCAACGUGUCCUGUGGGAAGUGGCAGGCGGAGUAUCUCCCUGUCCAAGGAGAGUUCCUUCCUCCUCCUCAGCUAAUCGAGGUUGCUACCGAAGCCGAGCUGUAUCGAUACGUCUCGCAAUCUUGCGUAGCGCUUGCGGAGGCGAUCUACACGACCAUGAUCGAGCAGAGCGCGAGUGGCGGCAACGGCCUCUACGACUCUGAGCCUCAUGGCAGGGCAGGCGGGGUACACCGUUCCUUGGAAGACUUGAUGGCUGCUGAUUUCUCCAAGGCUUUGACGUCGUUGUUGGACGAUGGCGAUGUUAUCGAUUUUGGAACGCUUCAAGAAGCCGUGGAUCGGUGCCACGUGACACACACGAUGCUGAUAUGUCUGGCAGCGGCCGGCGAUUCGAGUGACCGAGCGGUGUACGACAGGUUUCGGGUGAUUUCGAACCCAUUUCGUCUUCCUGACUCCCAGCCCCCCCCCUUCGUGGAGUGGUGCGUAGUGGGCGCCUUCUGCGAUGAAAUAUUCCACAGGUAUGAUGAGUUGUUGCAAGAUCAGAGUCCCAUGCAGAUCAUGCGGUGUGCAGGUACCAAGCCGGAAAAGUACCAGGUUUUCAUCAGCCAGUCCCUCUAUGUGAGCACGUUUUCCGGCACUUGCCACGUGCUUCGCAGAUCCAUCGAGGUACUCGUCCCCUGCGGGCGCAUGAGACCCUUCUUGGAGCCACCUGUCGACGACAUCGAUGCCGACUUGGGAACAAUGGCCACUGGCAGCGGCAUAGACAAGGAUGCUCCUCAUGGUCACGGACACACCCAGCGCGAGAUUCUGACGGCCUUCAACAGAAUUACCGGAAAUAUCGCCGGGACAGCACCCGUGUGA